UUCCCUGCAUUUUCAACUAUCACACUAGGUCACUGUCCCAUUCCCCCGCCUCCUGUCUUCUAAAGAAAAGGACAAAAAAGAAAAGACACAUGCACAGCUACACUAUCGAUACUGUAUCUAACCGAGACCGAGUCAUUUGAAGAAAGAAAGGGGGAAUGCAGGGCAGAUGUAUUAAUCCGUGCUACUUUUUCCAUAUUAGUAGUCUGUCUUUGCUCCCGUUUUUUUAACAGAGUGCAUAUGGGCAGAGAUUAGGAGUGAAACAGCCAAACAGUUAAGUAUAUUCAGUUACUGUAUGUUAUAAGCAAGGACUCCAAGCUAUACAUGCUUGUAGCUGACGCCAGAGACCGGAUCACGACACGAUUGUUUAGCAGUACACUGGGAAUAUGAACAAGAAUGGGGUAGGAGUAUCAUUCUGAGACGCCAGCAAGAGUGCUGAAACCGAAAUUGUACAAGCAGACCUAUUCCCAUGUAGACGCUCAGACACUGCUCUCUCCCUCCCUCGCAGUCACGCACUUUCGUUAAACUUUUGCAAUGCCUUUGUCAAUGUUGGGACACUAACAGGAAAGGGAUUAAGAAGGACAAGGUUUGAUCACGACUUCUGGACGGCAGCACAUUGAAAGCCUAAGAGUUGUUUUUCUAAUUUGAAGAAAGGCACUUAAGAAAUACUCAGCAUUGAAAAAAAAAGUUUUCAAGAAAGUUGUGUUUGAAGUGAACCAGGGUUUAUGUCUCUAGCCAUUGUCACUAAGGAGUCGACUGCAUAAGGGCGGAAAAAAGAGUACAACAUCGGGGAAUGUCACGUAUGGCAAUUUAUUUUGGAUGAUAUCCAAGUUCAUUACCGCAGCAGAAAAAUACGUACAAACGCUGAUGGAAGUGGUGAGAAGAUCAAAGAAUGCAGAAUGAAGAUUACUGAACAGUGAGAGGAAGUUUCACAAAGCUGGACUUAUGCGCACACAGAAUACAUGAAGCAUGGAUGUGAAAGAACGCAGGCCUUACUGUUCCCUCACAAAGAGUAGGCGAGACAAAGAGCGUCGCUACACAAAUUCUUCAGCUGACAGUGAAGAAUGCCGUGUGCCUACCCAAAAGUCUUAUAGUUCCAGUGAAACAUUAAAAGCAUUUGAUCAUGACUCUUCUCGGCUGCUUUAUGGUACUCGGGUGAAAGAUCUGGUUCAUCGAGAAGCUGAUGAGUACACCAGACAAGGACAGAACUUUACCCUGAGGCAGUUAGGAGUGUGUGAACCAGCUACUCGUCGAGGGUUGGCUUUUUGUGCAGAAAUGGGGCUGCCUCACCGGGGUUAUUCCAUCAGCGCAGGCUCAGAUGCUGACACGGAAAAUGAAGGAGUCAUGUCUCCGGAGCAUGCCAUGAGACUUUGGGGCAGGGGGGUCAAAUCAGGGCGCAAUUCCUGUCUGUCAAGUCGAUCUAACUCGGCGCUCACCUUAACCGAUACAGAGCAUGAAAACAAGUCUGACAGUGAGAACGGUCCUCCCAUGCUAUCCACCUCAUCCAGUCACUCAGUCAUUGAGCAUUCACAUACCCCACUUCCAUCACCCUGUGUCCAUGACAACCGAAGACGGUUUCUAAGUAGUAGUACCACCCAGCCAGGUCAUGACUCUGACACUGAUGAAGAAUACACUGACAGCUCUUAUCUAGACCAGACCGACAUUCUCUCAGUCUUUGUCCCAAGUAACGAGCAACCCCCUAGCAACCAAGUCCAGUCCACUCUGCAACCUCUGCCUCCACCUAUCAAGCAACAUCCAGGACAAAAGCAUCCAUCUGUGACUUCCCUGAACAGGAAUUCACUGACUAAUCGAAGAAACCAGAGUCCGGCCCCGCCGGCUGCACUGCCCGCCGAGCUGCAAACCACGCCGGAGUCAGUCCAGCUGCAGGACAGCUGGGUUCUUGGCAGUAAUGUACCACUGGAGAGCAGGCAUUUCUUAUUCAAGACAGGAACAGGGACAACACCACUGUUCAGUACAGCUACACCAGGAUACACAAUGGCUUCUGGUGCUGUGUACUCCCCACCUACACGGCCGCUACCUAGAAACACCCUGUCAAGAAGUGCAUUUAAGUUCAAGAAGUCAUCCAAGUAUUGCACCUGGAAAUGUACCGCUCUUUGUGCAGUUGGUGUCUCAGUACUUCUGGCUGUGCUUCUCUCUUAUUUUGUUGCCAUGCACUUAUUUGGACUCAACUGGCAGUUACAGCAGACUGAAAACUACACUUUUGAAAAUGGAAGAGUCAGAUCUGAGACAGAGUCAACAAACGUAGUGACUAUACCCUCUGGUGACAGCGGUAAAGUCGGUAUCAUCCCACAUGAAAACAACACCAUAGAUUCCGGAGCAUUUGAUAUAGGUCAAAGGGCAACACAAGAAGUACCUCCUGCCAUUUUCUGGAGAUCACAGCUCUUCAUUGAUCAACCUCAGUUUCUGAAGUUCAACAUCUCACUUCAAAAAGAUGCUCUGAUUGGCGUGUAUGGCAGGAAAGGCCUUCCACCAUCGCAUACCCAGUAUGACUUUGUUGAGCUGUUAGAUGGCAGCCGGUUAAUAGCAAGAGAAAAACGCAGUCUGAGUGAGUCAGAAUCAAGGGGACGUCAGACAAGGUCUGUCAGUCUCCAUGAAGCUGGUUUUGUACAGUAUCUGGACUCAGGAAUUUGGCAUCUAGCCUUUUACAAUGACGGAAAAUCUACAGAGCAAGUGUCCUUCAACACAGUUAUCGUAGAUUCCGUAGUAGAGUGUCCUCGAAAUUGCCAUGGAAAUGGAGAGUGUGUAUCAGGAACAUGCCAUUGCUUUGCGGGAUUUAUUGGACCUGAUUGUGCCAGAGCUGCCUGCCCUGUGCUAUGCAGCGGUAAUGGACAGUACUCCAGAGGACGCUGCCUUUGUUACAGUGGCUGGAAAGGAACGGAGUGUGAUGUUUCCACAUCUCACUGUAUUGAUCCACAGUGUGGGGGUCAUGGAGUCUGUGCAAUGGGCACUUGUUUGUGCAGAGCUGGGUAUAAAGGAGAAAACUGUGAAGAAGUUGAUUGCGUUGACCCGACCUGCUCAAACCAUGGAGUGUGUAUCCAUGGGGAGUGUCAUUGUAACCCUGGAUGGGGAGGCACAAACUGCGAGCUUCCAAAGACGGUGUGUCCUGACCAGUGUUCGGGCCAUGGGACUUACAUUCAGGAGACUGGAACAUGCACAUGUAAAUCAAACUGGACAGGCCCAAGUUGCUCUGUAGAAAUCUGUGCAGAGGAUUGUGGCUCCCAUGGAACUUGCAGUGACGGAAAGUGCCACUGUGAAGAGGGCUGGACUGGCCCGGCCUGUAAUGAAAGAGCCUGUCACCCUCGCUGUGCUCAGCAUGGAACCUGCAAAGAUGGCAAGUGUGAAUGCAGUCAGGGCUGGAAUGGAGAACACUGCUCUAUUGCACUGUUUGGGAAUCACUCUACAGCUCACUAUCUGGAUAAGGUAGUUAAAGAAGGCUGCCCAGGACUGUGUAACAGUAAUGGAAGGUGCACAUUAGAUCAAAAUGGUUGGCACUGCCUCUGCCAACCAGGCUGGAGAGGAGCAGGUUGUGAUGUUGCCAUGGAAACUCAAUGUACAGACAGCAAAGACAAUGAAGGAGAUGGAUUAGUCGAUUGCAUGGAUCCUGACUGCUGCUUGCAGAGUUCCUGCCAGAACCAGCCCUAUUGCCAUGGAUUACCUGACCCCCAAGACAUUAUUGGUCAAAGCCAGCCGCAACCAUCUCUCCAAGCAGCCAAAUCCUUCUAUGACAGAAUCAGUUUCCUCAUCGGUUUGGACAGCAGUCAUAUCAUACCAGGGGACAACCCAUUCAAUAAAAGCCAUGCAUCCGUUAUUAGGGGUCAGGUGCUAACAGCUGAUGGAACACCUCUCAUUGGUGUAAAUGUUACAUUCUUACAUUAUCCUGAGUAUGGAUACACAAUUACUCGUCAAGAUGGAAUGUUUGAUUUAGUGGCUAAUGCUGGGGCAUCCUUAACUCUGGUGUUUGAAAGAGCUCCCUUCCUUACCCAGUAUCAUACCGUGUGGAUACCAUGGAAUGUGUUUUAUGUAACAGAUACACUGGUCAUGAAAAGAGAAGAAAAUGAUAUUCCCAGCUGUGACCUGAGUGGCUUUGUGCGCCCAAAUCCUGUCAUAGUGUCAUCGCCAUUGUCAACUCUCUUCAGGUCUUCUGCAGAAGAAAGUCCAAUCAUACCCGAAACACAGGUACUACAUGAGGACACAAUGAUUCCUGGCUCCAACCUGAAACUGACCUACUUAAGCUCCAGAGCUACAGGCUACAAACCCAUUCUCAAAAUCAGCAUGACACAGACAAGCAUUCCUUUUAACUUGAUGAAGGUCCAUCUUAUGGUGGCAGUGGAAGGGCGACUCUUCCAAAAAUGGUUCCCAGCAUCUCCAAAUCUGUCAUACACAUUCAUUUGGGAUAAAACCGACGCCUACAAUCAAAAGGUCUAUGGCUUAUCUGAAGCUGUUGUUUCUGUUGGUUUUGAGUAUGAAUCCUGCCUGGAUCUCAUUCUUUGGGAAAAGCGGACUGCUAUUUUACAGGCCUAUGAACUGGAUGCCUCGAACAUGGGUGGCUGGAUGCUGGACAAACAUCAUGUGCUAGACAUACAAAAUGCAAUCCUGUACAAAGGAAAUGGAGAGAAUCAGUUUAUUUCACAGCAACCUCCAGUAAUAAGUAGCAUUAUGGGAAAUGGACGCAGACGCAGUAUCUCCUGCCCAAGCUGCAAUGGUCAGGCUGAUGGAAACAAACUGCUUGCCCCUGCAGCAUUGACAAGCGGCAUUGAUGGUAGUCUCUAUGUUGGUGACUUUAACUAUGUGAGAAGAAUAUUUCCAUCAGGCAAUGUAACCAGUGUUCUAGAACUAAGAAAUAAAGAUUUUAGGCAUAGUAACAAUCCAGCUCACAGAUACUUUCUGGCAACAAACCCUGUCUCUGGAGAACUGUACAUUUCUGAUACAAACACACGCAGAAUAUAUCAUCCCAAGUCCCUGACUGGUGCUAAAGAUCUGACAAAGAAUUUAGAAGUUGUUGCAGGAACUGGAGAGCAGUGCAAUCCUUUUGAUGAAUCAAGGUGCGGUGAUGGGGGAAAAGCUGUAGAUGCCCUGCUCAUUAACCCCAAAGGGAUUGCAGUCGAUAAGAAUGGUAUCAUAUACUUUAUUGAUGGAACCAUGAUCCGAAAGGUGGACCAGAAUGGCAUUAUUUCAACACUUUUGGGUUCUAAUGACCUAACAUCUGCUCGCCCACUGAUCUGUGACAGCAGCAUGCACAUCAGCCAGGUACACCUGGAGUGGCCGACAUCAUUAGCUAUUAAUCCAAUGGAUAAUUCUCUCUAUGUUCUGGACAACAAUGUGGUUUUACAAAUUACUGGCAAUCAUCAGGUCCGUAUUGCUGCCGGACGACCAAUACACUGUCAGGUACCAGGCAUAGAGUACUCAACAGGAAAACGGGCCGUCCAAACCACACUGGAGUCUGCAGCUGCCAUUGCUGUGUCGUAUAACGGGAUCCUGUACAUAGCUGAAACAGAUGAGAAGAAACUUAACCGAAUAAGGCAGGUCACAACAGAUGGAGAAAUUACACUGGUUGCUGGAACCCCUUCUGAAUGUGACUGUAAGAAUGAUGCCAACUGCGACUGUUACCAGAAUGGGGAUGGCUUUGCUAAAGAUGCCAAACUUAACAUUCCAUCAUCUCUUGCUGUGUCUCCUGAUGGCACUUUGUAUGUGGCAGAGCUGGGAAAUAUUCGCAUAAGAGCCAUCUCUAGGAACAAACCAGUGUUAACAUCUUUGAACUUCUAUGAGGUCGCAUCUCCUGCAGAUCAAGAGGUUUACAUCUUUGAUACAAAUGGCACUCACCAGUAUACCAUGAGCCUGGUUACUGGCGAGUACCUUUAUAACUUCAGCUACAGCAAUGACAAUGACAUAACUGCAGUAACUGACAGCAAUGGCAAUACACUUCGUAUUCGAAGGGACGUCAGUCGCAUACCGGUGCGAAUAGUAUCUCCUGAUAAUCAAGUGAUAUGGCUAACUAUCGGUACUAAUGGAGGGCUAAAAAGCAUGGCUGUCCAAGGACAAGAACUGGUUCUUUUUACAUAUCAUGGCAACAGUGGUCUGUUAGCAACAAAAAGUGAUGAGACUGGUUGGACAACAUUCUACGACUAUGACAGUGAAGGACGUCUGACUAACGUCACCUUCCCCACUGCGGUAGUAACCAGCCUUCAUGGAGAAAUGGAAAAAGCCAUUACUGUGGACAUAGAGUCUUCUAACCGUGAUGAGGAUGUUAGCAUUACCACAAAUUUGUCUUCUGUUGACUGCUUCUACACCUUAGUUCAAGAUCAACUGAGAAAUAGUUAUCAGGUUAGCUAUGAUGGCUCUGUUCGAAUAAUCUAUGCGAAUGGAAUGGAAUCUGACUUUCAAACUGAACCUCACAUUCUGAGUGGCACUGCCAAUCCAAUCAUUGCUAGAAGAAAUUUAACACUGCCAGGAGACAAUGGACAAAACUUGGUUGAAUGGCGAUUUCGAAAGGAGCAGCCGCAGGGAAAGGUUAAUGUUUACGGACGCAAACUGAGGGUAAAUGGCAGGAACCUUCUUUCUGUUGACUUUGAUCGAAGUACCAAGACAGAAAAGAUCUAUGAUGAUCACAGGAAGUUUCUGCUGCGGAUUGUUUAUGAAUCGUCAGGACAUCCAACCCUUUGGUUGCCAAGCAACAAGUUGAUUGCUGUGAAUGUUACAUAUUCACCUACAGGUCAACUUGCCAGUAUUCAGAGGGGGUCCACCAGUGAAAAAGUCGAGUACGACAGCCAGGGAAGGAUAGUUUCUCGUGUGUUUGCUGAUGGAAAAAUGUGGAGCUACACAUAUCUUGACAAGUCAAUGGUACUGCUUCUUCACAGUCAGCGUCAGUACAUCUUUGAAUACGAUUUAUUAGACCGUCUGUCUGCAAUAACUAUGCCCAGUGUUGCCAGGCAUACAAUGCAAACUAUACGAUCUAUUGGAUAUUACAGGAAUAUAUACAGCCCCCCAGAAAGCAAUGCAUCUGUGAUAGUGGACUACAGUGAGCAGGGACAGCUUUUACAAAUUGCAUACCUGGGAACAGGUAGAAGAGUUUUGUACAAAUACCGACGAGAAACAAAGCUCUCAGAAAUUUUGUAUGACAGCACAAGAGUUAGUUUUAGCUAUGAUGAAACAGCAGGGGUCCUAAAAACAGUCAACCUACAGAGUGAAGGAUUUAUCUGCACCAUUAGGUACAGGCAAAUUGGUCCACUGAUUGACAGGCAAAUUUUUCGCUUCAGCGAGGAUGGAAUGGUGAAUGCUCGCUUUGACUAUAGCUAUGACAACAACUUCCGAGUGACGAGCAUGCAAAGUGUAAUUAAUGAAACACCGUUGCCUAUUGAUCUGUACCAGUUUGAUGGUAUUUCAGGAAAGGUUGAGCAGUUUGGAAGGUUUGGAGUUAUUUACUAUGAUAUCAAUCAAAUCAUUUCAACAGCUGUGAUGGCAUAUACAAAGCACUUUGAUGCACAUGGUCGCAUUAAGGAAAUCCAGUAUGAAAUAUUCAGGUCUUUGAUGUACUGGAUAACAAUACAGUAUGAUAACAUGGGGCGAGUGACUAAAAGGGAGAUUAAAAUUGGUCCAUUUGCCAACACUACAAAGUAUGCCUAUGAAUAUGACGUAGAUGGGCAGCUUCAGACAGUAUAUCUGAAUGAUAAAAUAGUCUGGCGAUAUAAUUAUGAUCUGAAUGGAAACUUGCACUUGCUAAAUCCAAGCAAUAGUGCCCGCCUGACUCCACUUCGCUAUGACCUUAGAGAUAGAAUUACUCGUUUAGGUGAUGUCCAAUACAGACUUGAUGAAGAUGGAUUCCUACACCAAAGAGGAACUGAAGUUUUUGAAUACAACUCCAAAGGCUUGCUGACCCGCGUGUAUAGUAAAGGCAGUGGAUGGACAGUUAUUUACCGAUAUGAUGGACUUGGUCGUAGAGUUUCCAGCAAAACCAGUCUUGGGCAGCAUCUUCAGUUUUUCUAUGCUGACCUUAAUUACCCAGCUAGAGUUACACAUGUGUAUAACCAUUCAAGUUCAGAAAUCAGCUCGCUUUAUUAUGACCUUCAGGGUCACCUGUUUGCCAUGGAGGUCAGUACUACCGAAGAGUAUUACAUCGCCUCAGAUAACACUGGAACACCCCUGGCUGUUUUUGACAGGAAUGGUUUGUUGAUUAAACAAAUUCAGUACACUGCUUAUGGAGAGAUCUACUUUGACUCUAACCCUGACUUCCAUCUUGUAAUAGGAUUUCAUGGUGGCCUUUAUGAUCCACUGACCAAGUUAAUUCAUUUUGGCGAAAGAGACUAUGACAUCCUGGCAGGACGAUGGACAACACCAGAUAUCAACAUCUGGAAGAAUGUUGGAAAAGAUCCAGUUCCAUUUAACAUGUACAUGUUCAGAAACAACAACCCAAUUUCUAAAAUCCACGAUGUGAAAGAGUACAUUAGAGAUGUUAACAGUUGGCUUGUAACAUUUGGAUUCCAUCUACAUAAUUCGAUACCUGGUUUCCCUAUUCCUAAGUUUGAUAUAAAUGUGCCGUCAUAUGAGCUGAUGAAGAGUCAACAGUGGGACGAUGUACCGCCAAUUUCUGGAGUACAGCAAGAAGUGGCUCGAGAAGUGAAAGCCUUUUUAUCCCUGGGAAAGAUGCCAAAAGUUCAAGUCAGCAGGCAGAAAUACAACUGGGAGAAAACAUGGCUUUGGUUUGCGACAGUAAAAUCCCUCAUUGGAAAAGGAGUUAUGCUUGCUGUCAAUCAAGGCAAAGUGGUCACCAAUGUACUCAACAUUGCUAAUGAAGACUGCAUAAAAGUAGCAGCCGUUCUGAAUAAUGCGUAUUACCUAGAGAAUCUGCACUUCACUAUCGAAGGAAAAGACACUCACUAUUUCAUCAAAACUACUUCGCCGGAAAGUGACCUUGCUACCUUGAGACUGACAAGUGGGCGUAAAGCACUUGAAAAUGGUAUUAAUGUUACAGUUUCUCAGUCGACUACUGUGGUGAAUGGGAGAACUCGCAGGUUUGCAGACAUUGAAGUACAGUACGGUGCUCUGGCUCUCCAUGUGCGAUACGGUAUGACACUCGAUGAGGAGAGGGCCCGCAUACUGGAGCAGGCCAGGCAGCGGGCUCUUUCUAGUGCCUGGGCAAGAGAGGCACAACGGGUAAGAGAUGGUGAAGAAAGUAGCAAGUUGUGGACAGAAGGAGAAAAGAGGCAGCUUUUAAGUGCUGGAAAAGUGCAAGGCUAUGAUGGGUACUAUGUACUCUCUGUAGAGCAAUAUCCUGAGUUAGCAGACAGUGCUAACAACAUUCAAUUUCUUCGACAAACAGAAAUAGGGAAAAGGUAACACUGCAGCCACUGACAGGCUGCCAAAUAGUACUGUACAAACAUCUCCUUCCUAAGUGGAGGGCCAAGCUAAAUGUCCCUGUACUUUGUUUAGGUACCAUUUGGGCCUAAUCAUACAUAUGCUGAGAUUUUUCUGCAGCAGUCUGAAUGGGUUCAACAAAAGAAGCACCAACAAAGAAAAACUGUCAAAGGCAAAAACUUUCUUUUCAAAUAAAUGACCUUUUAAGGUGAUCUGCUUUAAAAAUUGUUUACAUAUGCAUAUCACUGCACUCAGCUGAACUGAAAAAAAAGUUAAAAAGCCUAGCUGUUUUGUAUGAGGCUAAUAUAUUUGGAAUUAUUUUCCUUUGAUGCACUGUAUUUAAAAAGUACAAAGAACAAAUCAAUAGUAUUUCUCAGCUACUGAACUAUUGACACUUCCUAAUAGGAAGACAUUCCUUUGCUUUGGAAGUGGUAUAUAUCUCUGUUCAUUUUGAAAAGUGAAACAAAAUUACUGUUUAUAGGAAAAUGCUUUUAAUGUGCUGCUUUAUGAGAGGACAGAGGCACAAGCUUCUCAUGCUAUAAUGAGAACCUAUCUGUGGGUUUUGCAAUGCUAUAAUCAUUUGCCUUGAGAAACAAAUAUGGCAAGACGAAUCCUUGCCACUAAUAAAACAAAAGAAGUACUACUUUUUGUAAAUGAUGUGAGACAAGUUGUUUAUGGAUUUUUAUAUGAAUUCCAAUUUACUGUUCAUCGGAUUAUAGUCUCAGAGGAGGUAAUUUAUGUAAAGUGUUUCAAAAAAGUUUAUACUUCAGAAUAAAAUUGUAAAAAAUA